CUCUUGCGGCCUCCCGCUGUCAUCUGGAGCCGCUCCUGCCGCCCCCUGGCGGCGACCGCGGGAAGGGCCGGCCCCCAUCCGCACCCCGACCCCCGAGGUCAACAACAGGAUGGUCCCUGGGUCCCAGGGGAAGAGACAUCACCCAGUAGGACGGAGCACGGUCUAGACAGAGGCCACGAGAGCGGGAGGGGGCGAGAGUGGAGAGUGGCCCAGCUGGCCAGGGUCGUCUAAGUGAGAGGAAAAGGGAGAGGGCGGUUGAGACCAGGCCCUGAAUUCCGCGUUCAUCUUAUCCUGAGUUAAGUUGAUAAAUGAUGCAUACGACAUCCUAUAGAAGACUGUCACCACCCCACCUCACUGAUCAGCCCUCUGCCUACAGCCACACCCACAGAACAUUCAGCCAUUUCUCCUGUGGUUCCCAGCCUGCAGCACAGCGUCUGCAUGUGGAACUCUGGAAUGCUGACCUACAGUCUGAGUUCCUGUGCCCUUGCCUGGGGCUGACUCUCUACUUGACCUGUAACCCACAACUGGGCAAGAGAAAAUUCUGCAGCCACAGCUCUGAGGACAUGAGCAAAAUGGUUUCCAGACGGAAUGUCAAGGAUUCCCAUGAAGUGUCAGGGAGUCUUCAGGCCACACUUCAGGUUAUCUCCUUCUCUUUCCCUUUUCUGCUUCACACUUGCUCUCAUCCUCUUUCUCACCCCACAUCUGGUCAGAGGAGAUAGGAAGGUUCUUGUUACCUGGUACAAGACAACUUUUGGAAUCCCAGAUAUUCAGAUUAUUUCCCCUUUUCCUCUUUGCAAAUGAUAAUACUCACAGCCAAGAGGCAUCACCCGGAUCCGAGGCUGCUUCUCCUUAGGACAUGCAGACAGAAGGAGAAGGCGGGGCUGGCAGCCUCCAGUCCACAGCCUCCCUUUCUCCUCCCGGCGAUGAUUAACUAGGCCUAGACAAUGGAGAUCUACGGCAUACGCCCAGGGCCUCCUCUUCUCAAGCAUGGCUGAUCAGUCACUUUCCCAUCUAUCCUUCAUUUAUUGAAGCCAACUAUGAACGACUAAAGGAAGGAUGAGAAAAGUCACCCAAAGUCAAAGGGGACAGCGUGGGAGACUGUUCUAGACAGAAGGAAACACCUUUGCAAAGGCCCUGAGGAAGGCAGGGGACUCUCCAGGAGCGGAAGGGCUGUGUGGCUUCAGAAUCCACAAAAGAGAGCAGAUACAGGACACUGGCUGGAGCAGGCAAUGGAGGCCUUGGGGAGGCCCAGUGUUCCCAGGGUGGAAGAAGUAGGGGACAGCUUGACGUAGUGGCUGUUGAUCAGCUGAUAUGGAAGUACGUCAUUUUAUUAACAAUUGAGAAAGGAGUGCUGUGCAAUUCCAUUCAAUGCCAGUGAUGCUUAUGGCCGUUUUUAUGAGUUCUGUCAUUUUCAAAUGAGCAAGAGGAAGCCUCUAAGGGGUUUAAGCAGGGACUGACGUAAUCAGAUCUGUGUUUUUCCAAAGGGAGAGGGAGAAAAAGAACAUUUCUUAUUUUUCAAAAAAGGUAAUGCAAAAGCAUCAUUCCACAAUUCUCUUGUAAUGAAAAAAAUAAAUGCAAACUUAAGCAAAUCCAUCAUUCUGAAAGAA